AUGAAACAAAUGGACCAACAAAGAAUGAAGCCGCCUGUAGGUGACGGGGGAACGGACCCAGCAGAAGCUGAAGGGGUUAGAGUGAUCGAGAAGCAGGCACAGAAGCGAAUAUUCAAAAUCAUAGUUAUUGGAGAUUCCAACGUAGGCAAGACAUGCCUGACCUACCGGUUUUGUAGUGGGAAGUUUCCUGAUAAAACAGAGGCUACCAUUGGCGUUGAUUUUCGCGAGAAACAGUUGGAAGUGGAUGGAGAAAUUCUAAAGCUGCAACUUUGGGACACCGCGGGACAAGAGCGGUUCCGUAAAUCCAUGGUUCAGCACUAUUAUAGAAAUGUGCAUGCAGUCAUCUUUGUCUACGACAUCACAAAAAUUAGUUCCUUUGACAACAUGAGCCAAUGGAUUGAAGAAUGUGACCGUCACAGCCUCAACAAACACAUUCCUCGUAUCCUGGUGGGAAACAAAUGCGACAUGGUAGAUAAGGUGGCCGUCAACACCAACAUGGCCCAGAAGUUUGCAGACACACACGGCAUGCCCCUGUUCGAAACCUCUGCUAAAGAUGAUGACAAAGCCAACCACGUGGAUGCCAUCUUCAUGACGGUGGCCCACAAACUGAAGAAUGCCAAGCCGAUGAUGCCCGUACAUGUCUCCUCCUCCACCCCAAGAGACUCUGUUCAUUUAAGAGACAGCCCACAACACCGAGGAUUACAGUCUGCCAUUGGUGCAAGCACAGACGAGGAGAAAUCGGAAUGUGCUUGCUAG